AUGGCUGGCGGCGUUACCGUUCGCGAUGUCGAUGCGCAGAAGUUCAUCACUUCCUACGCGGCUUUCCUGAAGCGCCAGGGCAAGCUGCCCAUUCCUGGCUGGGUCGAUAUCGUCAAGACCGGCCACGGCAAGGAACUCCCCCCUCAGGACAUUGACUGGUUCUACGUCCGCGCCGCCUCCGUCGCUCGCCAGGUCUACCUCCGCAAGUCGGUCGGUGUCGGCCGUCUCCGCAAGGUCCACGGCUCCGCCAAGAACCGCGGUGUGCGCCCCUCGCACCACGCUGACGCCUCUGGCAGCGUCGACCGCAAGGUUCUCCAGGCUCUUGAGAAGAUUGGUGUCGUUGAGCAGAACGAGGAGAAGGGCGGUCGCCGCAUCACCGAGUCUGGGCAGCGUGACUUGGACCGUAUUGCCCAGACCACUGCUGAGGCUGAGGAGGAGGAGGAGUCUGAGGAGGACGAUGAGUAGAUAUCCCCUACCGCACCAACGAUUAUGCGGUUUUGACGUUCGGCUCGGUUAGGUUCAUGGCAACGGCGGGCAUUGGGUUAGGCGUCUGAAAAGGAAUCAUGAUUAUUGACCAUUUUUGAACCCCAAUACAACGUCCCGUAGUCGUUGGUCUUCCCCCAAC